AUAUGAACUCGACCUGUCAGUUUGCUUUGUCCAAUAUGGCAACCAGAUGGGGAAUCUGUAGCGCGGGGAAGAUCAGUCAUGACUUCACUGUGGCCUUGAAAACUCUUCCUCCGGAAGACCAUCAGGUUGUAGCCGUGGCAGCUCGCAAGUUGGAGGAUGCACAGAAGUUUGCCAAAAAGCACAGCAUCCCCCAAGCAUAUGGCAGCUAUGAGGAGCUGGCCAGAGAUCCAAACAUCGAUGUGGUGUAUGUUGGCGUUAUCCAUCCCUACCAUCUGAGCACUUGUUUGCUGUUUAUGAACGCUAAGAAGAACGUGCUGUGUGAGAAGCCGCUGGCCAUGAACACUAAGGAGGUGAAGGAGAUCCUGGCCUGUGCCAAGAGGAAUGACGUCUUUCUCAUGGAGGCUGUCUGGACCCGAUUCUUCCCAGCCUCAGUAGAGAUCAGACGGCUGUUGGCCCAGGGGGAGGUGGGCGAGGUGAAGAUGGUGAGAUCGGAGUUUGGUGUGCCAAUAAUGCACGUACCAAGAGCAGUGGAGAAGGAGCUGGGUGGAGGAGCAAUGCUGGAUAUCGGCAUCUACUGCCUGCAGUUCAUAAGCAUGGUGUAUAACGGAGAGAAGCCAGAGUGCAUCCAGGCCACAGGGUUCUGCCUGGAGACAGGAGUGGAUGACACUAUGGUUGUCACUCUGAAGUUCUCCAAGAACAGGAUGGCGGUGUUCACUUGCUCUUUGGGUGUACAGCUGCCCAAUGAUGCUAUUAUCGCAGGCACAAAGGGAACCAUCCAGAUCCCUGCCCAUAUGUGGUGUCCCACGGCAUUAGUGGUGAAUGGGAAGGAGACUCAGUACCCAGUACCAGAACCCUACUUGCCUCUUAACUUCAUCAACAGUACAGGGAUGCGAUACGAAGCAGAGGAGGUUCGACAGUGUUUGCUCAAAGGGCUGAAGGAGAGUGCAGUUAUGUCUCAUGCUGACUCUCUUCUGCUGGCUGAGGUGGAGGAUGAGGUUCGCAGGCAGGUGGGGGUCGUGUAUAGCCAGGACUGCCAGUAAAUGUUAAACAUGCACUGAUGUCUCUUGUCGAAUAGAAUGAGGAUAUAAUGGAGAAUAAAUUGUUUUCACUGUAAUUUACAUUAUUACACUGUCAGUGAGGACUAUGUUAACCUUUUGUGAGGAUAAAGAAAGCUCAUUUUCUAUGACCUGUUUAUCUUUGUCUUAUUUGGCUGAUCAUGUUUUGUUUUAAAAGGAUAAAUUUGUUCUGAUCCAAGAUGCUUAACAUAUUUUUAAGCUGCAAUAAUAAACCUAUCCACAAUGUCA